CCUAACGAGUAACCGUCGCGUCAGUCGGAGUUCAUUCUUGGUGUGGUCGCCAGUUGUCGUAGAGACGGGUUACGCACGGGACGCGAGUGUAACAGUUGUUUGAAAUUCGUAAAUAGUUGUUUUACGUCAGUAGGUAGAACGGUCUAGUAAUAAUCUCAAAUCGCGCCCAGGUGAAGAGUCUUCGAGUAAAAAAUGACUAUCAAAGACCCAAAAUAUGUCGAAACCGAAUCGAUGAAUCCCUAUGAAAGGCCGCCGAGUCUUUCGACCGGCCAGUCGAUCAAAACAUUUUUGUAUAAUCGAACCACAGGCGCAGUUAUGGGCAGGACAGCCAGCAGCUGGGGAAAGAUUGGUCUCUUCUACUUGAUAUUCUACGGUGUCCUCGCUGCUCUGGUUGCGAUCUGCUUUUGGGUCUUCUUUCAAACCUUGGACCCGAGAAUACCGACAUGGCAGUUGGAUAGAUCCAUCAUUGGCACAAAUCCAGGCCUAGGCUUCAGACCAAUGCCACCAAGUGAGAAUGUUGAAAGUACUUUAAUAUGGUACAAGGGAACGGAUCGAAGCAAUUAUGCUCACUGGGUGGACACAUUGGAAAAAUUCCUGGAAGUUUACAGGAAGCCUGGUUUGACUCCCGGCAGAGGUGCCAAUAUUCACAACUGCGAUUUUGAUCAACUUCCGUCACCCGGUCAAGUAUGCGACGUUGAUAUAAAAAAUUGGGACCCCUGCACCAAGGAGAACAAUUAUAACUACCACAAAUCGGCUCCUUGCGUUUUCUUGAAGCUGAACAAGAUUUACGGAUGGAGGCCGGAGUAUUACAACGACACUAAAUCACUGCCUGACAAAAUGCCACGUGAUCUAAAAGAACAUAUAGUGGAAUUGGAAAAGAAAAAUGCACUCGAAUUAAAUACAAUUUGGGUAAGCUGCGAAGGUGAAAAUCCCGCUGACAUGGAGAAUAUUGGCCCGGUUAGAGUUUUACCGAGGAAAGGAUUUCCGGGUUACUUUUAUCCUUAUGAGAAUUCCGAAGGCUAUCUCAGCCCUCUGGUUGCCAUCCACUUCGAAAGACCUCGAACUGGAAUUUUAAUAAAUGUUGAGUGCAAGGCGUGGGCUCGUAACAUAAAACAUGAUCGUGUUUCUGGAAUGGGAGCAGUGCAUUUUGAGCUCAUGAUUGAUUAGGCGAUCAAACAAUAUUUCUGCGAAAAAUCUCAAAUUAUACCUCCUCUUUUUUAUUUCGAAAUAUCCCAACGCCGGUUAACAAGGUGAAAGCAAAUAUGAGAUCAUAGCAUCGUUAGUUGAUUGAUUAUUUAUAAUUCGCAUAAGAACUGAUCGAAGUGCCUUUAAAUUAUCAUACUAUAAGUAACAACAAGAGGUGGAAAAUAUAGGACUCAAAACUCUCAUGAACCAAAAUCAAAUUUGGUUUUAUGCCUUACAAAAAUUAAUAUUUACUAUUGUUACUAUUAUUAUCACUUCUAUUAAUAAUAUUAGUAGAUUAGCGAUUAAAGUACGUUGGAAAUACGUAUUACAAACAACGUAUUGUGUUCUUUUACACGCGGAGUGCCUUACUCCUACUUUAUGAUAGUCAUAUAAUAACGUAUAAAAAUAAUGAAUAUAACAGCAUUAAAUUGUUUAAGGAGUAUUUUCGUUCAUACAAAUCAAAUUUUUAAUCCUAUAUGAUAAUAAUAAUAUCAAUAUACAUUAUCGUUAAUAGUAAUUUACAUUAUUUAAUAAUACAUUGUAUGAUUAUUGUAAUAUGAUAAUAAUAAUAUUGUAUAUUGCUUCUACGUGCGCAUGCCGAGUGAGCGCGUCUUACAAUUAGACAGUGUAUGUAUCUAUUUUUGAAAUAUUUUGCUAUUAUAGACUGGCCUUAGAGAAAACUGGUGUAACGUGUGUAAUAAAUACGUGGAAGUCUAGAUGUGAGGUAGAAUACAAAUUUCAAUACAGUCAUGUAUCGAAGUAUACGGCAUCUGAGCUA